AUGCCGGUGUUUGUCCGGGUGCACAGUGGCUGUUUAAAUAUGGCAUGGACACCAGGAAUCCAAUAUCGCCAGAUAUCCUCUGAUCUGCAAGUUGUUGUGGGAAUGGCACAUGGUCACAUGGAACGAGAAUCAGAUGACAGGGAUACCAUAGAAGCCAAAUAUUUGACAUAUGAAAGCAUAGAUGCAAAAGAUUUAUUCAACACAACAUUGAAGACAAUGUUAAGAAAGGACCGGAAGAGCACUAAGCUGAAGAACACACUGGGAAGUUCAGAAUCAUUUUGGUCCAGUGACACAAUUCCUGAUCCAUCGGGUUCAAAUAUCCCUCUGGUUAGAACUGACAGGACUUCCAUUUAUAACCCAAGAACAUUACAUAGGGUCUCAUUUACCAAUGACAUUCCUUAUUUUCACCGCAUCGAUAAGUAUAAUGAAGAAAAGGUAUGUGAAUAUGAAAGAAAGGCAUCUGAACUAACCUUACCAGUUUCAUACAAUUUGAAGAAAUUAUUCUACCGAGUUAUUCCUUUUUCCAGAUGGUUUUCCAGGUACAGAGUAAGAGCAUGGUUCAUAGGAGACUUGCUGUCUGGAAUUAGUGUAGGUCUACUGACGAUCCCUCUGUCCCUUGCUUUUGCAGUCUGCGGUGGACAACCACCUAUUCAUGGUCUCUACACAAGUUUGGUUAGCACCGUCUUAUAUUGCUUGCUUGGCACAACAAAACACCUGUCCUAUGGAGCAUCUGCAUUCACCAGUUUGCUCAUUGCAAAGGGCAUAAAUCAUAACGAAACUCAUGAAGUGGAUUCUGAUAGUGGCUGUAUUCCAACAUGUUCCAGGGAACUACAUGUGACUACACUCACCUUUGUUUCAGGGAUUGUUUUAAUUUCUAUGGGAGUUUUUCGCCUCAGUUUCACAAGGAUAUACAUCUCCAAGCCUGUUAUGAAUGGUUUCAGAGCUGGAACAGCUUUGCAUUUAUUCACCAUCCUCCUGACUUUGGUACUUGGUAUUGAUCCACCAAUUCAUCAUGGCUCUUUAUCACUUGUUUACAAAUGCAAGAUUAUAAUUGAAAAUAUUAAUGAAACACACACUGCCUCAGUGAUCACUGGUUUAGCCACUUUGGCACUUCUGAUGCCUUUUAAAGUCAUUAACUCUAUUUAUAGCAGACAUCUCAUACCUAUAGAAUUUAUUGCAAUAAUUGCUUCAAUUUGGUUGUCAUUCUGGUUGGAACUAGAGAAUAGCCACAAUGUCAGGUUGAUAAAUGAUUAUCCAUUUACCUUACCAAAACCUGUUCUUCCUUCUUUCUCCUUAAUACCCACUGUUGCUAAAGAUGCUGUUGCUGUUGCACUGGUGACCUUUGCAGUGAGCGUUUCUCUAGGGAGAGAAAACUCCAAAAAACACAAUGAAACUUAUCACCCACACCAAGAGACAAUAGUUUUGGGGUCUUGUGACCUGCUACUGUCAUUUCUGGGGACUUUUGCAGCUUCUGGUGUUUGGGAACAAACAGUGGUUCAAGAAAAAACUUGGGGUCAAACCCAAGCAGCUGGAUUGAUUGCAGCAAGCCUUUGUCUUACGGCCCUGCUUUGUGCAGAAAAUCUGCUUCCACUGGUGCCCAAAGCAGUUCUUGGUGCUAUCAUGAUUUCGAAUCUGGGCUGUUACCUCGAGUUCUUCUGGAAGUAUUGUUUUGCAUGCAAAAAGAAUAAAUAUGAAGUUUUGGCUGGAAUUAUAACAUUUGCAGCAGUUUGUAUCCUAGAUAUAGACAUUGGUUUAGGAGUUGGCAUAUUUUUCUCAAUUUUGCUCACUCUACAUAGACUUCAGAGACCAUCCAAUGCCAUUUUAGGACAUAUUCCCAACACAGAAAGCUAUGUUGAACUAUCCAUUGAGAAAACUGCCAAAGAGGUUGUUGGAAUAAAAAUUAUAAAAACAUUUGAUUCUAUUUAUUACGGGAAUGUUGAUUUUUUAUUGUCUUGGAUAAAACUUAAAGUGAAUUCUUAUCUUCAGUCAGGUAAUUUGGGAAGUGAUAAUGAAUUAUAUAGUGAAGAAGAUAAAUAUCAUAUGUUACUGGAAUCUACACAGUUCCCUGAAUUGGAUGAACAUGCUUUGAGGCGAAUAAAUCAUACUGCAUUGUAUAGACGUCAAAUAUCAAAACAAACUGCAGAUGUUCAUACUAUUAUUUUGGAUUGUGGGUCAGUUAGUUUUGUGGAUGAUGAAGGAGUGGGUGCUUUGAUUCACCUGUCUGAGCAAUACCAAAGUAUGGGAGUUGGCUUUAUCCUUGCCGACUGUUCAAGCAUAGUUCUGAAGAGUCUACAAGAACAUGGUUACUUCAAAUCAACAAGUCAAAGCUUUGCUUUCAGCAGCAUCCAUGAUGCUGUUUUAUAUGCCCUGCAACAAACAGUAGAGACAAACCAGAGCCCACAAGAAUCUGAAUACAUUCCUGAGACAAAUGGUGAAAUAUUAACAGAAUGUAACACAGUUGACAUUGAGACAGGUACUAACAACAGCACAAAUACAAGGCUCUGCCAUGUGGAAGGAGAUGCGAGUAAUUCCCAUCAAAAGGUUGGUUUAAAAUCGAGAAAUCAAAAAAUAAUUGAAUAUGAGACCGCUUUGUAACAAAAAUCUGUUUGAAUCUUUCAAACCAUCCUAGGAUCUAUUAAGACAAUGAUCUACAUCUGACAUUGCAGUUCUGUUGUAGUAUUUUGUUAGUUCCAUUUUCCCUGUUGCAGAGUGAUGAAUUCAAAUGGACAAAAUCAAAAUAAAACACCCUUUCUGACAGAUGUUAUUUGCAUGUACAUGGAGGCACCUAUCAUCAAGGAAUAUCGAAGGAUGGAAAAUUGAGUGUCAACAAGUUUGUGCAUGAUGAAUUUUGGCAGACAUCUGCUGCAGCAUGUGCUAGGGCAACUGCUCAGGUCCAGAGUUUUAUGGCAACAAUGCCCAUCAGCAUUUGAUUAAUAAGUUAUUUCUGGCUUUGAAAUGUGCUGCUGUCUUCUUCAGAUGUUCCUGGAAGGACAAAGUCUGAUCUGGACUGAAAUACAAGUAUGUUGGGUUGGGAUCAUGCUUGAAUUUCUGACCACUUCUAGAUAUGGCAUUCCUUUUUGGCACUAGAAUUGUGGAAGUGAAUGCACCGGAUGAAAGUGAAGGAUCACUGGUUACAUUGACAUAUGGUUUCCGAAAUUUCUUACUUGGGAGUGCAUAGGUUUGUAUUUGGCUCAGGUGACAUUUGGAACUUCACGGCAAAGCCAAUUGGUGAUGACUGAUUAUUUGGAGAAGUUUAUGAACACAUAUAGCAUUUUAUUGCUUUAUUCUGUUUAUGAACACAUUGAGCAUUUAAUUGCUUUAUUCUGCUUUGGAAAAGUUACACGGAUUCAGUGGAUACAUAUGUUACUGAAAUAUUUUGAUAAUUAUGUUCAUAAUGAUUAUUCAUUUUCCUGCAGCAAGGAUUACAAAAUUCUUCACAUGGGAUGCCACAACUGCUCUAUCUCUUGUUUAGAGAAAAGACACCCCAACCAGGAUUGGUCAAAACUACCCGUCAAUUUUUUUAUAUAUCUCGCGAACUGCUGUUCUCUCUGUCUUUGUGACCUUUUGAGCAACACUGCUAAUUUGAGCAACUGCAUGUUGUUAAAACAUUAUGACAGCAGUAAUGGAAUUUGCCUGUAUUUACUGUUAGACAUGUGGACAUGAAGUCUGUAUUCCAGCAUUCGUGAAUCAUUAAAAGCUGUGCUGAAGUGAUUUUCUCAUUGUUAUACAAUAACAAAGUAGAAUAUGAUGGAUAUUGCAUCAAUAAGGACAUUAGCUGCACAAAUAAUGGGCAUGAAUUGUUGAAAAGAAAAUCAUAUACCAAAUUGUCAGUGUACAAAUUGAAGUAACACAUUAACUUUACUAGUAACUGAUAUAUUUAAAAUCAUUUGCUUGGUUCUUAUAAUAUGGAAGAGUAAUUUUUUGUUUGUAAUAUAGUUACAAAUCAGCAUUAAAUACCAAUUAAAUAUCUGGUUAGUAAACAAUGAUCCUGAAUCACUUUGUUAUUUAUUAACAUAAAUUUUGAAAUUUUAAUAAGGAAAAAGCAACUUGAUUACGAUUUACUGGAAAUUAGGAAUUUUUCAUCACGGCAUAAUUUUGUUUUCUGAGCAAGGAACUGAUUUUCUCAAAAGAGAAAGGCAAAUGAAAAUAUUAGUGACUAAAACUGACAAGAAAAAUGAACUAAUGGUCACUGAAGAUUGCUCUUGAAUGGCUACAUAGGAAUAUUGACCAAAGCCUUUCUGGCUUUGGAUAAGAACUACUAGGCAGUGUAACACUGGACUGGUUAAGGCAGCAGGAGCCCAGCAGAAGUUACUUGAGGGGAAUAUAUUCAGUUCUAUCUGGGAUAAUGGAGCAUAGCUGUUGAAGGUCUAUCAUUUCAGUCCAAGGGCACCACAGUAAAGGAUUCAAACAUUUUUUGCUGAUAUUCUGAUAUCAUAAGGUCAGAAAUGGGACUGUUUGUUGAUGAUUCUAAAACGUGUAACUCAAAUCAUAAUUCUUCAGGGACUAAAGCAGUCCUUGUCCACAUGAAGAAAAACAUGAACAGCACCCAGGCUCGGUCUGAUAAGUGACAAUUCAUAUCAUGCAAUUGCUAGAUAAUGGUCACUGUUACAGUCAGGUGAGAAAGACCAGCUUCCAUCUAUCCGACUUUCUUGGUUGAUCACAACAAGGAUGUAAGUAUUUUUUUUAAUCAGGAUAUUUCUCUCCCAACUAAAAUACAAUGAACUAAUUUCUACUUUAGCAGUAAGAGCCAUUCACAUGGUUUUCUAGAGUAAAAGAAAUUAU